AUGGGAAAAGAUCUGGACCUGGUGUAUUCGCGCGAGAUGUUUCAAAAUUUAACGAAAAUGCGCGAAAAUCACUGCUACACGGACGUUACUUUACGCGUCAAAGGAAAGAUAUUUCAUGCUCAUAAAGUGUUAUUAGCCACUUCAAGCCGCUUUUUUGAUGCAAUGUUUUCUGCCGAGUUGAAGGAAAGUACGCAGAAUGAGGUGGAACUUCAAGGCGAAGAUUUAACCGCAGAGGCCUUCGAAACAAUUUUAAAUUUCAUCUACUCCUCCGUUCUCCCGCUAACCGAAGAUAACGUACUAGACGUUUUAGAAGCAGCCGAUCAUUUGCAGAUACUUAGCGUGGUUAAGAAGUGUUCUUUAUUCAUCGGAAAUAACCUUAGUCGAGAUAAAUUCCACAUGGAAACUCAACUGAAAAUUCACAGAGUUGCUGAGCGGCAUAAUUUGACUGAACUCCGUGAAGAAAGUCUUCAAGCGCUCGCUCUGAAGUUUGGAGAAAUUUGCGAGGAAGAUGGAUUUAUGAAGAACAUCACUGUAGACGAGUUAGAGCUUCUUCUUCCACGUAACGAUCUAAGUGUUCCCUCGGAAACUUUUCUUUUCACAACCGUGAUCACUUGGAUGAAGUACGAUAAAGAAAACCGAUUGCCACAUGCGCCAAGGCUGCUGAACAAAGUUCGUUUAGCACUUGUCGACAUAAUGGUUGUGCUAUCAGAACUUGAAUCGGAGGAGUUCAAAGACAUCCCUGAGUGUUUUUCGCUCAUGCACAACAGCUUAUCACAGCAUGUCCGACCCUUUUUGUUUUCUUCAUUUGCUCAAGAGAAGGGAAUGCCACGCCUUUCAUCGAAGGCCCUGGUUUCAUUGUCAUGCUUGUCUGAAGUCAAGUACUUUGAUAGUGUGUCUAAAUCAUGGAAGCCAUUUCCUGGUCUUGAACUACCAAGUCUUCAAAUCAAACCAGCAGCACUGUACGCUGGAAAUUAUUUGUUCCUCUUUGAUGAGAAAGAUGUCCAUCAGCACCAGCUUGAUACACAUGCUUGGAAAACAUUACCACCUAUGAAGAAUACACAUUGUGAUUUCCAAGUAUGCAUGCUGGAAGAUUUCCUGUAUGUUAUUGGUGGCAGUGAAGUUAAUCACACUGUAGUAUCGGAGAGAUUCAGCUUCUCAAAGAAAACAUGGCAACGCCUUUCUUUCCAUGUAGAUCAAGGUCUGUAUGGCUGUGCUGUGGCUGUACACAAUGGCUAUAUUUAUUCCAUUGGUGGCUCUUGGGCGGAAGGAGGGGCAGAUCGUGGGGUGUUCAGAUUUAAUCCUAUGAAGAAUGAAUGGACAAAGUUGGCAGGAACAGUUUACAGCCACACCCAGGCCUGUGCCUUUGAAGCUGGGGGAAGAUUGUAUGUUGCAGGUGGUAAGACAGACCCACCCAGCAAGCGUCAAAGGGGACUUGUUCCAUCCAGCUAUGUUGAGGUAUAUGAUGAAGAAAAUAACCUAUGGUGUUCUGUUCCACAGCCUCACAUACCCCCUGGUAAUUUUGGAGCUGUGGAGAUUGAGGAUCACAUUUACUUUAUACUUGGAAACAUUGCCUUUGACAGUGGGAUCCGAAUUGGUGCUGAGGAGGUUUAUCAUGUCAACAUUGAAGAUUGGGAGCCAAUUUCUCAGCAUGAUACAGAUGCAGUGUUUGUUUAUAUGCCUGUGAACAGAACUGAGACUGAUCAAAUGAAACAAGAAUUGACAGAAAAUCAUGAAGCUUCAGAUGAGCUGUUACUUGAGAACAGUUAAUUGUAAAAAAGUAUCUUUGAUAUCUUAGGAGAAUAUUCCAAGGUCAUCAUUAUAAAAAUGCCCUUAUGGGGAUUGUUAAGGUCAUAAAAACAAAAAAGUCAAUCAUAGAGAUUUUGCAUUUAAGUUGCAUUUGGAGACUAUUUUAGUGAGAUACCAUUUAACCAUUGACCAAUUAGGUGCGAUCAUCCUAAUAAUCACCUGAGUCCAUAUCAACUAAGAAAACACGUCAGCACCCUGGUUCCAUAGAGAGACAUUAGGCUUAGACUUUUUCAAAUUUAUAGGAGGCAUUUCGAAAAAAAUUGUGCAAACAGCAUUUUAAUGAAAAGCCUAAUUUAAAAUCAGUGUUGAUAUUUUAAUGCAAUAUAAAUA